UCUGCGUUUUCCUGCAUCCCAAAUAGAAUGGCCAUCCCUUCACACAAGCUGUUUUUAGUUUUCAUGUCUCUUUUGCUUGUCUUCCUUUUCCUCUCUCCACGCUCUUCUUUUUCCCAUCCAUUACUCUCGACCAGCUGUCUUUCCCAUGAAUCCCAGGCUCUCCUUCGUUUCAAAGAUGCCCUCAAUAUUUCACUGACUUCAUCACGGGUCAAUCUGACUUCGUGGGUGAAUGGAACAGACUGUUGCACCAACUGGACAGGCAUCUCCUGUGACAAUCACACCAACCACGUUGUCUCUCUUAACAUACACCCUCUCUUUGCUGAAGGCGUGAUAUCUGAGAGCCUGUGCCAACUUCGUUUUCUCACAUCACUCACUAUAUCUCUUACAUCAGGUACUGUCAUUCCUCCCUGUUUGAGAAAUCUCUCUUAUAUUCGCUAUUUAGAUUUAUCUGGAAAUAGCUUUACUGGGAUGAUUCCCCCUUUCGUUUGUUCUCUCACCCGUCUUACUGAACUUCACCUUUCUUACAACCAGCUUAGUGGAAGCAUACCUGCUUCUCUUGGAAGCCUUUCUUCUUUAACUGAACUUGACCUUUCUGUCAACCAGCUUAGUGGAAGCAUACCUGCUUCUCUUGGAAGCCUUUCUUCUUUAACUGAACUUUACCUUUUUGCCAACCUGCUUAGUGGAAGCAUACCUGCUUCUCUUGGAAGCCUUUCUUCUUUAACUGAACUUUACCUUUUUGCCAACCUGCUUAGUGGAAGCAUACCUGCUUCUCUUGGAAGCCUUUCUUCUUUAACUGAACUUCACCUUUCUGACAACCAGCUUAGUGGAAGCAUACCCGCUUCUCUUGGAAGCCUUUCUUCUUUAACUGAACUUGACCUUUCUCGCAACCAGCUUAAUGGAAGCAUACCUGCUUCUCUUGGAAGCCUUUCUUCUUUAACUGAACUUGACCUUUCUCACAACCAGCUUAGUGGAAGCAUAACUGCUUCUCUUGGAAGUCUCUCUUUGUUGAGAAACUUAUAUCUUUCUAACAAUGAACUGAGGGGGAACAUUCCAGAUUCCUUAGGCAAUCUUUCUUUACUCCAGGUGUUGGAUGGUGUUAGCAAUCGUUUCAAUGAAACCAUCUCUUCUUCCUCACUUCCACCUUCUUUAGUUGUAUUAGGCCUGUCACUAAAUCACCACCAGUUGAUUUCAGAAAAUUUCUUUCACAAGCUUACAAGGUUAAGUUCUUUGUCUUUAUCUGAUUGUGUGCUAAAUAUUAGCACAAUCUGGAUUCCAUCCUUUCAAUUAUAUGAGUUGUCUUUAAUGUCAUGUACAAUUGAUGGUGAAUUUCCACCUUGGAUCUCAACACAAUUCUCACUUGAAAGGUUGGAAUUAACAAAUGCUAGUCUUGUGGGUGUAAUUCCCUCUUGGCUAUGGGAAACCAGUCCACUCCGAAUAUUAAAUCUUGCAAACAAUUUCUUUAGUGGCAAUAUUCCUUAUAGCCUGGGCAAAUUAUUUCAACUCCAGUUUUUAAAUCUUGCAAACAACAAAAUAAGUGGAAUGAUCCCUGCAAGCUUGUCCAAUUGCUCUUCUCUCAUUGUCUUAAAUUUGGGAAACAACAGUUUGAAGGGAAGCUUACCAUAUGAAUUUAGUAGACUAUUGUAAUUAAAGUCAUUAGUUGUUCAUGGUAAUAUCCUGAUUGGAUCUUUUCCACCUUCAAUAUCAAAUUGUUCAUUUUUACAAGUUCUUGAUAUUGGGAACAACUUUUUUGGAGGUGAAAUGCCACCAACAAUUGGAAAUUUUUCCGAUCUAAGAGUAUUGGUGAUGAAGAAAAACAAUUUUAUAGGGAAUAUUCCUUCAGCCAUAGGCCAACUAAUACACCUUCAGAUCUUGCUCCUUUCUUCCAAUCAUUUCUCAGGUUUAAUUCCACACACAAUUGUAUCAUUGCAAGCAAUGACAAUAGAAAACCAAAAUGGUAUUGUAUUGUCCACUUUUAAUGAUGAGCAAACAUAUCGGGAUGGAUUGGAUAUGACUUCAAAAGGCAGGAAUGAGCACUACACAUAUAUUCUUUCCACUCUCACAGCCAUAGAUCUAUCAAACAAUGAAUUGGAUGGAGAAGUUGCUUCUGAUUUUGGAAAGUUGAAGGGGUUAAGGUUUUUGAACCUUUCAAUGAACAAUUUGAAUGGGACCAUUCCAAGUAGUUUGGGAAAAAUGGGUCAGCUAGAGUCAUUAGACCUUUCAAGAAAUAAAUUUUCAGGAAAAAUCCCUAUGGAGUUUACAUCUCUUAGCUCUUUAGGUUUCCUAAAUUUAUCAAACAACCACCUUUCAGGAAUUAUACCCCAAGGAACACAGAUGGGUACAUUUGGAGAAACCUCUUAUUCAGGAAAUUCUAAUUUAUGGGGGUGUCCCCUACCCAAAAAUUGUUCUUGGCCACAAUAUAUUCCUCGUCCUCCUGAAGUUUCAAUUAACAAAGAAAAGAAAAACACUAAAUAUCCUUUGUAUGGAAUAGCAUUAGGAUUGUCAUAUGGAGUAGCAUUUGGAGGAAUAGUGUCAUUGAUCUUGAUAAAAAUGAGUUGGAGAAGAAAAUAUUUUAGUAAAGUUGAUGCAAUCCUAAAAAUUGUGUUUCCUUGGAUGAAGGACUUGACACUAUAAAGGGAUACAUCUAUAAAAGGCAAAAACACAUUACUGGUGGCUUCACCCAACAUAUUAUUGUAUAUAGUUUGAUUGUUACACUAAAUCAAGAUAAAAGUUGUUCUUUCAUAGACGGAGGACCUGGUACUAUAAAGGGGUACAUCUAUAAAAGGACUAUAUUUUUGCUAAGGAAGGCUUUUUGGUGUAUUCUCCUUAUUGAAGACAAAAACAAAAAUAAUGGUGGCUUCAUCGAGCAUAUUAUUGUAUAUAGUUUAAUUGUUAUGAUAAAUCCAUAUAAAAAUUAUGUUUCCAUGGAUGAAGGACCUGACACUAUAAAAAGGAUACAUCUAUAAAAGAUAUGUGUACCAGACUUUUUUUUGCGAAGGAAGGAUUUUUGGUGCACUCUCCUUAUUGAAGACAAAAACAUAUUAUUGGUGGUUUCACCCAACAUAUUGUUGUAUAUAGUUUAAUUAUUAUGCUAAAUCAAGAUAAAAAUUGUGUUUCCAUUGAUGAAGGACCUGACACUAUAAAGGGAUACAUCUAUAAAA